CUGAGAAAACAGAAGUCCUCAGUGAAGAUCUGCUACAGAUCGAACGGCGCCUGGAUGCAGUGCGGUCCAUGUGCCACCACUCUCACAAGCGCCUGGCAGCAUGCUUCCAGGGCCAGCAUGGCACGGACGCCGACAAGAGACACAAAAAGCUCCCUCUGACGGCUCUCGCUCAGAACAUGCAAGAGGCAUCGACACAGCUAGAGGACUCUCUCCUGGGGAGGAUGCUGGAGACGUGUGGAGAUGCUGAGAAUCAGCUGGCUCUCGAACUCUCUCAGCACGAGGUCUUUGUUGAGAAGGAGAUUGUGGACCCGCUGUGUGGCAUAGCAGAGGUGGAGAUUCCCAACAUCCAAAAACAGAGGAAACAGCUUGCCAAGUUGGUGUUAGACUGGGACUCAGUCAGAGCCAGGUGGAACCAGGCUCACAAAUCUUCAGGAACCAACUUUCAGGGGCUUCCAUCAAAAAUAGACACCCUGAAGGAAGAGAUGGACGAAGCCGGGAAUAAAGUAGAACAGUGCAAGGACCAGCUGGCAGCAGAUAUGUACAGCUUCAUGGCCAAAGAGGGGGAAUACAGCAAGUUCUUUGUCACGUUAUUAGAAGCCCAAGCAGAUUACCAUAGAAAAGCAUUAGCAGUCUUAGAAAAGGCCCUUCCCGAAAUGCAAGCCCAUCAAGAUAAGUGGGCGGAGAAGCCAGCCUUCGGGACGCCAUUGGAGGAACACCUGAAGCGGAGUGGCCGCGAGAUCGCGCUGCCCAUCGAAGCCUGUGUGAUGCUGCUGCUGGAGACGGGCAUGAAGGAGGAGGGCCUUUUCCGAAUUGCGGCUGGGGCCUCCAGAUUAAAGAAGCUGAAAGCUGCCUUAGACUGUUCUACUUCUCACCUGGAUGAGUUUUAUUCAGACCCCCAUGCUGUAGCAGGUGCUUUGAAAUCCUACCUGCGGGAGCUGCCCGAGCCGCUGAUGACCUUCCAGCUGUAUGAAGAAUGGACGCAAGUUGCCAGUGUGCAGGAUCAAGACAAAAAACUUCAAGAUUUAUGGCGAACAUGUCAGAAGUUGCCACCACAAAAUUUCGUUAACUUUAGGUAUUUAAUCAAGUUCCUCGCAAAGCUUGCUCAGACCAGUGACAUCAACAAAAUGACUCCCAGCAACAUUGCCAUUGUCUUAGGCCCUAACUUGUUAUGGGCCAGAAAUGAAGGGACGCUGGCUGAGAUGGCAGCCGCCACCUCCGUGCAUGUGGUUGCGGUCAUCGAACCCAUCAUUCAGCACGCCGACUGGUUCUUCCCUGGAGAGGUGGAAUUUAAUGUGUCAGAAGCAUUCGUACCUGUUGCCCCCCCAAACUCCAACCACUCAUCCCACACUGGAAAUGACUCUGACUCGGGGACCCUGGAGAGGAAGCGACCUGCCAGCAUGGCGGUGAUGGAAGGGGACUUGGUGAAGAAGGAGAGCUUUGGUGUGAAGCUUAUGGACUUCCAGCCCUACCGGCGGGGUGGCACCCUAAAUAGAAAGCACGUAUCCCCUGCUUUCCAGCCGCCACUCCCGCCCACAGAUGGCAGCACCUUGGCUCCUGCGGGCCCAGAGCCCCCUUCCCAGAGCUCUAGGGCUGAAAGCAGCGCAGGGGGUGGGCCUGUUCCCUCCUCUGCGUGCGCACUGGAGCAGGGGCCGAGCCCAGGCGACAGCAGUCCUCCCAAGCCCAAGGACUCUGCAGCUACGGCUGUGCCCACGCUGGCGCCGGGAAGAAACAGCAUUCAGGUGGCCAGUGGCCAAAGCCAGGGGCAGGGGCAGCCCCCUGCCGGCUCCCAUCAGCUCUCUGUCAGCCCAGCGCACAGCUCCACUGGCUCCAGUCCUCAUACUUUGCGGCGAGCUGUUAAGAAACCUGCUCCAGCACCCCCGAAACCAGGAAACCCACCUCCUGGCCAGCCCGGGGGCCAGAGUGCCCCAGGCACAGCGCAGCAGGCACCCAGCUUGUCACUGAAGCCAGCCACUGGAAGUCCGUCUCCUCCUGUCCCGCACGCGGGCCCAGCCCCCGGGCAGCCGUGCGCCACCUCACAGCUGUGUGGGCCCCGGAGAGCCUCAGGCAGCCUGGCUCCGAUGCAGGCACCCAGUCACCCUCCACCGCAGCCCCCCACGCAGGCGCCGCAGUCACAGGCCAGACCGGGGGAGCAGGGACUGGAGCAGCCCCCACACACCCCAAGCCAGCCGCAGCACCCUGCAGCGGGCCACCCUGAGACUGCGCAGCCACAUGCCGGGACCUUACCGAGACCGAGACCAGUACCGAAGCCCAGGAACCGACCCAGCGUGCCCCCACCCCCACACCCUCCUGGGGCCCACCCAGCGGCGGAUGGCAGCCUCUCCAGCGCAGUGCCUACUGCCUCCAAAAUAGUGACGGACGCCAACUCGAGGGUGUCAGAGCCGCUUCGCAGCGUCUUUCCUGACCUGCCCUCAGACUCAGACAGCAAAGACGUGCCCGGCCGCCUCUUGUUGGACAUGGACACUGAUACAGAAAGCACCGCCCUGUGAAGAAGGCCCCGCCGCGGCUCUUCCUCCCUGAGAGGGAACAGGGCAGCGGGCGGAUCUCUGCAGACCAAACAGUGAGCAGCUUUCGCGGCAGGCAGAGGACCUGGCCCGCAGGACUUCGCCUGUCAGCCAGCGCAGUGCUGCCACGGAAGCUGAAUGACCUGUGUCUCGAGGAACUUGGCUUUCUUUACGUGGGAAAGCCAUCACGCCAAACAAACCAGGCAAGCCCAGAGGAGGCAGCGCUCUUGCCGCGCUCCUCACUUCAUCAGUGCGGCCCUGGCGGCCACUCGGGGUGAAGCAGAAGCAGCGCGUACUGUCCCUUUAAUAACACGUUCACUAUGCAACUGGCCUCCUCCCGCUCCUUGGACCUUCUCUUGGCAUGAAGUGCGGCCUGUCUCAACCCUCACCAUGAGCGUCGAUGGUGGCUGCUGGAUCCGCCACCUCGGCCAACUGGAUGCACUGUGCCUUGUUGGAUUGCCAGGAUGUAGAAAGAAAUGUACUGUUCUUUAAAAACAAUGUAAUUGCUACUUGAUAAGGACCGACAUUAUUCUAGUUUCAUGUUUAAUUUGAAUUAAAUAUAUUCUAUGGUUUAUAUGAAAA